UGUGUCAUUGUCACACGCCCGGCUGCAUUCAAUAAACCCAUCGAAACAAUUUCUGUUUUGUCCGAUUCUUUGUUCACUUUUACUCGUCUUAUUUCCUUGUCGGUGAGCUAUCGCUGUGGAAUAUGCCUACGAUCAAUUAGUCAUUGCGGUUAUUUGGAUAUUAAUUUGCACGGCUCCAAUCGGAAGCACUGAGUCAAUCAAAGAUCGUUGCACUUGAGCGAAUCAUAUGAAUUUGUCAUCACCAAGAAUUCCAUUUCGUUUGAAUAACAUUGCGAUGAAUCGUUUUUAAAUGGUUCUACUGUGAAUGGCUUAGCCAAUGACUUUUUUCCCGCUUGAUGGCGCUGCCACCUAAUGACAUUUGACGCGUCAAAGAAAUUAUACGAGAGACGACCAAAACUGACAAAGUGAAUACCAAAAUAUUUAGUAUAAACUGAGUGAGUGAACAGCGAACAGUAGCAAUGGCGUCCGAACGAGAAAAAUACGAUAAAUCAAAAACAAACAGCUCAGUGAAGCAUAUUCCCAAAGAUGCACAAGUUCUUAUGUCCAUAAUGAAGGAAUUGAAUGUGAUUGAAUACGAACCACGGGUUAUAAAUCAACUGCUCGAGUUCACUUACCGAUACGUCACCUGCAUUUUGGAUGAUGCUAAAGUGUAUGCAAAUCAUGCAAAGAAAAAAGUGAUCGAAUUGGACGAUGUGAAAUUGGCUUCACAAAUGACACUGGAAAAAGCGUUCACAACACCGCCACCGAGAGAGGUUUUAUUAGAAUUAGCUCGUAGCCGUAACGCAACUCCAUUACCUUUGAUUAAAACACAUUGUGGCCUACGUUUACCACCGGAGCGACACUGUCUUCUCUCGGCCAACUACAAACUCCGUGCAGCUGAGGUGCACCCCAAGAAAAUGGGCAAAUCAGCAUUGGAUCGAAAGAACAAAUCCACCGGUUCAACCAUUCUCAAGCGUCAGUCGAUGUCAAAUUCAGGAAAGUCACAAACUGUCACCAUACCAAAGCCAACGUUCAAAGUCAGUGCCAAUACAAAUGGUAGCUCUAAUGGCAGUGCCUCAAGCUCAUCGCAACCGGCCAUCUCACUUUCCAAUAAUCAUCAAAUGAACAUCAAAAUGGAAGUCGAAGAUGAUUACAGUAACGAUUCUCGGGGCAUGAAAAGAAAACGAGACGACGAAGACUUUGAGUAUGAAGAGGAAUUUGAGCCUGUUGGUUAAGUACAAACGAUAUGGACACCACUUUCCGACUUUACUCCGGUUGUGUCGUCAGUUGAACCAAUUCUUUUUUUUUUUUUUUAUAACUUCAAUCGCUGGAACAAAUUUCAAUUCCAAUCGUCAAAACACGUGUUAAAAUUAAGAUUAAAUUUUUAAUAUGUAAAUAAGUUUUGAGAAUAAUUUUAUUUAGAAAAGAAAUGGUAAAUCAUAACAAAUAAACUCGAGUUACAACGUAAUGGAAAUGAAAUGAAA